CUUUCCUCUGAACUGAAGCUUUGAUUCGAAGAUGAGACUCAGUCGAGUGGUGAGUCAUCUGCGGAGCGCUGUCUGACUGAAACUGUGAUUCAAGUGUCGGACGGGAAGCCGAGGAUACGCGCGUGUUUCUGACCGAAGCGCCCACGACUGUAGGAGGAACUACUGGCUCUUCGCCGCGUCCGACCGCUGGAUGGGACUUCAGAACGCCGAUCGUUGAUCGUUGUUACUUCAAGAUCGCAGCCUUAUAUUUGGAUGACUUUUAAAUUCACCCAUUAAGAACCUUUUCAGAGCGGUUCGGACCCCGUGUUUAUGGAUUUGUGCGCGGCCGGAACCGGGAUCUGCAGGCGGAGUGCUGCUUCUUCGCCCAUGAUGAUUCCCUGUUGCAAACUUUAACGCACUGAACUUUCCCUGAAAGAAAGGCGCUUAUAUAAACUCGAUAUUUGGACAGAGCAGUCGGAGCGCUCGUUUGUUUUGUCCGCACUUCUGUCCCCAAGUGUGACCUUCUUUCUGUCAUCCACGCCAAGUGUUUUGGAGGUAGCAUGGCAAUGGUAGUAAACCAGUGGCCAGAGAGCAUUUCGGCAGAUCCGGGGUCGCAGCUCCAGAUUUGCGGACAAGAUCCUGGUGGCGCACCGGGGACCCCUAACGGCUCAACCCCGGGGAAUGACGCGCUUUCCGGGGACAAGAUCCCCAACGUGGACUGCAUGGUGUGCGGGGACAAGUCCAGUGGGAAGCACUACGGCCAGUUCACCUGCGAGGGAUGCAAAAGUUUCUUUAAGCGCUCGGUGAGACGGAACCUGACUUACACCUGCCGGGGGAACCGAGACUGCCCCAUCGACCAGCACCACCGGAACCAGUGUCAGUACUGCCGCUUGAAGAAGUGCCUCAAAGUGGGCAUGAGGAGAGAAGCUGUACAGCGAGGACGUACAUCAAACUCCCAAAGCAGCCCGGGACAGUACCUGACCAAUGGCAACGACCCGUACAACAGCCAACCGUACCUCUCCAGCUUCAUCUCUCUGUUGCUGCGGGCCGAGCCGUACCCCACCUCUCGCUACGGGGCACAGUGCAUGCAGGGAAACAACUUGAUGGGAAUCGAGAACAUCUGCGAGCUUGCGGCUCGGCUGCUGUUCAGCGCUGUGGAGUGGGCCAAGAACAUCCCUUUCUUUCCUGACCUGCAGCUCAUGGACCAGGUGGCGCUGCUGCGCAUGUCGUGGAGUGAGCUCUUUGUCCUCAACGCAGCCCAGUGUUCGAUGCCCCUCCAUGUCGCCCCCUUGCUGGCAGCUGCAGGUUUGCACGCGUCGCCCAUGUCGGCGGAACGUGUGGUGGCCUUCAUGGACCACAUCCGGGUCUUCCAGGAGCAGGUGGAGAAGCUGAAGGCCCUGCAGGUGGACACUGCCGAGUACUCCUGCCUCAAGUCCAUCGUCCUCUUCACGUCCGAUGCCAUGGGUCUGUCGGAUGUCGCCCACGUUGAGAGCAUCCAGGAGAAGUCGCAGUGUGCCCUGGAGGAGUACGUCAGGAACCAGUACCCGAGCCAGCCAAACCGCUUCGGCCGCCUUCUACUGCGCCUGCCCUCGCUCCGCAUCGUCUCCUCUCCGGUCAUCGAGCAGCUGUUCUUCGUCCGCCUUGUGGGGAAGACGCCCAUCGAGACCCUGCUCCGCGACAUGCUGCUCUCCGGCUCCAGCUAUAACUGGCCGUACAUGCCGGCCGUACAACGCGACCGGCCCAUCUCCCUCCACUACAACGAGAACGGACCUUGAUCAAGACUCUCCAGCCAGAAACCAUUCUCUUUAUUCUGCUCAGUUUCUUUCCAGAGGAAGCGUUUCCCUCACCAUUCCUUUCAAUAUCCUGUCUGAUGAUGGAUCCUGUCACCGGCCAAACAAGCCCGCUGAACAUUCUCGUGGCCAGCUGGGCUACUUAAGAGACACGACAUGAGGUAGACAGGUUGGUCGAACGGGUUAUUGUGCAGUUCACCAGCAGGUCUGUUGGACUCAGUUCAGAUGUCAGUCUCAAACACGGAGUCGCUGCUUCUUUUAGCUAGCACGGCAGUAUGAGAAUGCUGAACAAGGGCUUUGCCAAAGAGACUCUACCAACACGAGAGCACAAGGCCGCCGCAUAUUUACUAACAAGAAACCAGAAGCCAUUAAAGAGGACACAUGCCAAAAUGUUUUAAUGUGUGUGUUUUUGCAUUAGCACUGUUUAUACAGAGGAGAAACCAUGUCCAUAUGUACAGUAUAUCAUGGAUCUGUGGGCACCAAGAGCAUCAUGGGAACAAGCUCAGGAUUGAAAACACGGGGAAACAUGGGACGCCAAUAUCCAACAAAAGAUCAGCUAAAUUGACAGCCUGUGCCAAAGCAAAAAAAAAAAAAAAGUUUGGAUUAUUUUAGUGUGAUUGAAAUCAAAGUUUGGUUUGUAUCUAAUGUGCUACAUGUUUUUUUUUCUCUCAGGGGGAGAAAGGCAAUUAAAAAGUAGGAAGCUUAGGCACUUGUAGUCAGAGUGUAGACAGAUUCACUCCUGUAAAAACAACAGCACUUCUAGAUUUCUGCUCUCUAGAAGCCAUCCAAGUAUUCAGAAUUCUCCUCAACAUCAAAACACUUCCACCUUCGUUUUAUAUUCAAAUCUUUUGGUAUUUUUGAAGGGGGUGGGGACAUUUUUCAUUCUAGCUGUACUUGCCUUAGAACAAAGAUUUUGUCACUGAGCAUUUAUCUUAUGACUGUGCCAUAAUCUCUCGUUACCUGUUAUAACAGGUAUUAUGUCAGAGCUCCACAAAUGUUUCAAAAAUGGUUCUCAAAACUAUUGAGAAACAUUUUUUUAAAUUUGAUCGAGUUCUUCUUCAUUUUUUUGAUAAUAUCGUCAUGUGGGGAAAGGACCCUCGAUCAUGUCAUCGGAUCUAAUUGUACCGAAACCAGAAAGAAUUGUAUGACUAACCUGGAAAACCUCUUCCAUCCAAGUUUAUCCCAGUUGGACUGUGACUUAGUGUAGGACAAUUUUAAGUUGUUUUCUUUCCUCCCUUCAGUUUGGUGGAAGUAUGUUUGGUUUGACAAAUUGUCAGCUAUUUCAAACACGGCACUGCGGUAUCACACUCUUUAUAAAAGCCAUCGGAAAACUGCCUGAUGAUAAGUUAAUUCACAGAAAAGUUUUAUGAGUUUGUGUUUAUCCCCUCUACUUUUGUUUGAGAAAAAAUGUCCAUUUAUUAAAAUAAAUU